AUGGAAACGGUGAAUGAUGCUCAUACUUUGCACUCUUGCACUGCUUAUAUUGGACACCAGUCAUUGAUCGACGACGAAGCUCCUGCCACACUCGAUGCCUCGCCCACAACGAAAGGAAAACCAUUCGCCAUCUACUACCCAAACUCACCACUUCAUUAUCAUGACUUCACCGGUCACGAUGGCACCACGCACUGGAAACGAAUUACGUGGCGCGGAGAAACAUUUUUACUUUCACAAGGAGCGGGCGUGCUUGUCCACGGCUUUCUAACGAAGUUCAUUCUCGGCGAUGACAUCUGGUCGGCGAUGGACGUGGGCAUGGUCUUAUCAGCGCUGCGAAUUGAAGGGAGCACCCUCGUCACGAAGACGCCUCUUGAACAAAUGAAUGAAGACUUCCUCCAGCGAUUUACGGAGGCAGCAACGGCCAAGGUCAAGAAGAAUUCGUCUCAUCGCCAGGUUUUCGCAACUGUGGCUGCCUUGCUCACCAGUUCGCAAGAAGACUGGGCCGAAAUGUUCACCAUGCAGGACGACUACCUGGCCGAGUUUGUUGAAACUAUCUCAGACGAACGCUUGGAGGAUUUGACCAACAUUCGUCGGGAACGUUGGGGGUUCUCUAUCAAUUCCGUCAUGGCGCUGAGCCGGAAGUCGAAGAUCGAAUACUUCAGUUGA